AUGAGUUUAGGUGAAGAAGAUGUCGGUAGUAUGUCACGUAAUGACAUUUCAUUGUCACCGGUCUCAAACAUAAACGCUCAACCUUGGAAAGAGAAACAAGAAUUAAGGCAAAUAACAUUAAGAGGUACUGUGGCCGGUUUAACAAUAGGUACGUUGGUACUUAUAUCUAAUUUCCAAUUUGGACUUCAGACGGGAUGGGUAUCCAUGAUGUCUUUACCUUCUGCUCUUUUAGCAUGUGCAUUCUUUAAACAAAUUUGGCCAACAUUCUUCCCAGAAGAUGCUGAGUUUACAGAUGUAGAGACAGUUUACGUUCAAAGUAUGGCUGUUGCUGUUGGAACUGGGCCGCUUGCAUAUGGAUUUAUUGGUGUUAUUCCAGCUAUAGAGAAAUUCAUGACUAGAGAAGAGAUGAAUUUUACAAGAGAAGAGUUUGAAUCAUUCACAUUGAUCCAGUUGCUUUUUUGGUCAUGUUCUCUUGCUUUCUUUGGGAUAUUUUUUGCUGUACCACUGAGAAGACAAGUAAUCAUAAGAGAAAAACUACCAUUCCCAAGUGGCAGUGCAACGGCGGUCUUGAUUUCAAUUUUGACUGGUUCUAGGUUGAUGCAGGAAAUUACUAAAAAAGAGCUAAUACGAAUUAGAGAUCGUAGAUUAGAAGACUGUCCAGAAGUGCUUCAGCCAGCAAGUGAAGAGGAAUCAAUGGGCCUUUUAAUGUCACAAGAUAAAGAUAACCAUUCAGAAGGUAACUGUACACAAUAUGUAACAGAAGGUCAUGGUGACAUAUCUCAAAGGAUGGUGCUGCCAUCAAAUAAACAAAAUUCUGCAUAUUCAAAGAACAUGGAAAUAUUAGUUAAAACUUUUAGCGUUUCUGCUUUAUAUACACUUGUCUCAUAUUUUGUUCCUAAAAUAAAGGAAAUUAAAAUAUUUGGGAGACAUGCCUCAGAUAAAUAUGAUUGGAAUUUACAACCAUCGCCUGCUUAUAUAGGCCAGGGAAUAAUCAUGGGUUUAAGGACAGUCACUUCGAUGCUCUUUGGAAGCAUUCUUGGGUGGGGUGUACUUGCUUGCCUUGCAUACAAGAGAAAAUGGAUUCAACCUGAUGUCGAUCCUGACGAUUGGCAAAAUGGACUACAUGGUUGGCUAAUAUGGAUUUCACUAUCUAUAAUGAUUGCAGAUAGUCUAGUUGGUUUGAUUAUUUUAAUAGUUAAAAACAUUGUUGAAUUUAUAUCAUUUGAUAAUAGGCUAGAUGUCUUAUCUGACGCUUGGGACGAUACCUUUCAGUCAAUGUUAUUGGAGGAAGAGCAUAUAAUCAAUCAGAAUGGAUCUGAUCCUUCAUCAAGUCUACAAAACUCUGUUAAAUUAGUUUCAGCCACUAUUGAAAAUGAAGUAGGUUCAAAAUAUCUAAUCAACUCGGUGACUGUUAUCAGCGGUUUAAUAGUUUCAUCUAUAAUAUGCAUAGUGGUCAUUGUCUAUCUAUUUGGUGUCGAUAUCAUUCCCAUAUAUGCAAUGACGACUGCCUUAUUAUUAGCAUUAGUAUUAUCAGUACUCGGUAUAAGAGCUCUGGGUGAAACAGAUUUAAAUCCAGUUAGUGGUAUAGGGAAAUUGUCACAAUUAAUAUUUGCAUUAAUUAUUCCUAGUAGUCAUUCAGGUGCGGUACUUCUCAAUGUUGUAGCUGGUGGUGUAGCAGAAGCAGGUGCACAACAAGCUGGAGAUUUGAUGCAAGAUUUGAAAACUGGUCAUUUACUUGGUGCUUCACCCAAAGCUCAAUUUUAUGCUCAAAUUAUAGGAGCGACUUGGUCAAUAUUCAUGUCAAGUAUAAUGUACAAAAUUUACAAUAUUGUUUAUGAACUGCCAAAUAAUCAAUUUAGAAUCCCAACAGCACUGGUAUGGAUAGAUUGUGCUAGGUUAAUAACAGGACAAGGUUUACCUCCUAUGGCCUUAGAGUGUUCGAUAAUAUUUGGGUGCAUAUUUUCCAUUUUAUCAUUAAUUAGGAACUGUGAGUUUGGAAACAGUUCUAAGUUUAGAAAAUGGAUACCUUCUGGUAUUGCCGUUGGAGUUGGUAUGUACAACGCACCUAGUUUUACUAUUGCCAGAUUUAUUGGCGGUGUGUUUUCGCAUUAUUGGCUAAAAGGUCGUAAAGGAAGCUUCACUGCUAAAACUUGCAUGAUUGUAUUUAGUUCUGGUUUAAUUUUAGGGGAAGGAAUCUUAAGUAUUAUGAAUAUGAUUUUUACACAAUUUAAGGUUCCUCAUUUAUAG